UCCUGUAAAACUCAUUCAUUCAAGCGGCAGUUUCUCUACUUCUACUGUACUGUUACAAAAAUCCAAAUGGUCGCUAUUUUGAUUUCAUAAUCUCACCUAUUCUUCCAUCUCUUUGAUCAUAAGUUCAUAACCUACGGAAUUUCUCUAUCUUAAAAAAACCAGGGCUUUAAAUAAAUCUUAAUUAAGCAUAAUUUGUGGGAAAUAGGGGGAAAAAAUGCAAUCUUUGGGUCUGAAAUUGUUCACUGAUUUUGGGGUAGCAGCAAGAAAAUCAUGCAAUUUAAAGAGUACUAACUUAAAUGGGUUGUCAGAUUUUGAGGUGGGUACCCAAAAAAAUCGGUAUUGUCCCACUAUAGGAAGUAGAAAUGGAGGGUUUUGUAGGAUAGUGGCAUGUUCUUCUCAGAAGAAUGUUGAUGGAGAGAGCAGCGCGAGCUCAAGCCCGAUUUCAGACCCGGUUCAGGAUCAGGGUCAGGCCGGGCUUCUUUCUCGGACCCAAACUUAUGCCAUGCUUAAGCAACAAAUGGAGGUUGCAGCCAAAGCUGAGGAUUUUAAGGAAGCUGCGAGACUACGUGAUUCAUUAAGAGUAUUUGAAGAUGAAGAGCCAGUUUUGCGUUUGAAGAGACUUUUGAAAAAUGCUAUUGCAGAGGAGAGGUUCAAGGAUGCUGCAAGAUACAGGGAUGAACUCAAUGAGAUCUCUCCUCAUUCUCUUUUGAAGUGUUCCAGUGAUGCCACUACCUUGGGGAUUCGUGUCCAAGUUAGGAGUGUCUACAUUGAGGGACGUAGUCAACCAUCGAAAGGGCAGUACUUUUAUGCAUAUAGGAUUAGAAUAACUAACAAUUCUGACCGUCCAGUACAAUUAUUGAGGCGGCAUUGGAUAAUAACUGAUGCCAAUGGGAGAAUUGAGAAUGUCUGGGGUAUAGGAGUUAUCGGUGAGCAACCAGUUAUACUUCCAAAUACUGGCUUUGAAUACUCUUCUGCAUGUCCUCUCAGUACUUCUAGUGGAAGAAUGGAGGGUGAUUUUGAAAUGAUUCAUAUCGACAAAGUAGGAUCAAGAACAUUCAAUGUAGCAAUCGCUCCGUUUUCGCUCUCCACACUCGGUGAUGACAGCAAUCCUUUCUAAAGUUCGAGCUUCAAAAGUUACUCACUAAUCACUACAUAUAUAAUGGAAGUCCUGUCAAGUGAUUGCAUUUAGCUUGUUGCAUAAGCUCUUGCAAUUGUAAUGAGAAAAUGAAGUAGAAAAUUCAAGCAUCGAUUGUACCAACUAUUAUCGCGGUGUGUAUAUGCAGUUUGAUCUUUUAGAUUUGUAAUAUAUCCUCGAAAAAGUUCCCCUGUUUGAGUGCCAUACCUCUCAAAAACUCUUGUUGUAACCGCUGAGUGAUUAUUGAUAAUCCAAAUAUACCACAGUUUUUACAAA